GGGCGGCGCCGAGCUGCACAGCCCCGUCGCCGCGUCGCUCCUGCCCCGCCGCAGCAGCCGCCGCCACCGCCGCCUCCCCCGGGCGGGCCGUACAAUCCUCGGCAGUGUCCUGAGACUGUACGCCCGCCUCGGGGGCGACCCGGCCGAACCGGACCCCGCUCCCCGCCCGCCGCCGCCCGCGGAGCCCCGCGUCCCGCGGGCAGGUGCUGAGCGCGCCCCGGCCCGAGAGGCGGCGCAGGAGCCGGCAGAGCCGCCGCGAUGACAGCUGACAAGGAGAAGAAAAGGAGCAGUUCCGAAAGGAGGAAGGAGAAGUCGAGAGAUGCAGCAAGAUGCAGAAGAAGCAAAGAGACCGAGGUUUUCUAUGAACUGGCACAUGAGCUGCCCCUGCCCCACAACAUCAGUUCCCACCUGGACAAGGCAUCCAUAAUGCGCCUGGCAAUCAGCUUCCUACGGACUCAUAAGCUUUUGUCUUCAGUAUGUGCUGACAAUGAGAAUGAACUAGAGGCAGACCAGCAGAUGGACAACUUGUACCUGAAAGCUUUGGAGGGAUUUAUUGCCGUGGUGACACAGGAUGGAGACAUGAUCUUUCUGUCAGAGAAUGUCAACAAAUAUAUGGGUCUUACCCAGGUKGAACUCACUGGACACAGCAUUUUUGACUUCACUCAUCCAUGUGACCAUGAAGAAAUWCGAGAGAAUCUGAGUCUGAAAAAUGGUCCAGGCUUUGGAAAGAAAAACAAAGAGAUGUCAACUGAGCGUGACUUCUUCAUGAGGAUGAAAUGCACUGUUACCAACAGAGGCAGAACUGUUAACCUCAAGUCUGCCACAUGGAAGGUUUUGCACUGCACUGGACAAGUUAAAGUGUAUAACACUUGUCCUCCUCACAGUCUAUGUGGGUACAAGGAGCCUCUUCUCACCUGCCUGAUAAUAAUGUGCGAGCCUAUUCAGCACCCUUCAAACAUUGAUAUCCCUCUGGACAGCAAGACUUUCCUGAGUCGUCAUAGCAUGGACAUGAAAUUCACCUACUGUGAUGACAGAAUAACAGAGUUGAUUGGAUACCAUCCAGAGGAGCUGCUGGGCCGUUCAGCAUAUGAGUUCUACCAUGCCUUAGACUCUGAGAGUAUGACCAAGAGUCAUCAGAACCUGUGUACAAAAGGUCAAGUGGUGACGGGCCAGUACCGUAUGCUUGCCAAGCACGGGGGAUACGUAUGGCUGGAGACCCAGGGAACGGUGAUUUACAACACCCGCAACCUACAGCCCCAGUGCAUCGUGUGCGUCAACUACGUGCUGAGUGAAAUUGAGAAGAACGAUGUUGUGUUCUCCAUGGACCAAACAGAAUCACUCUUCAAGCCUCACCUGCUGACAAUGAGCACUGCCUAUGACAGCGGCAUCCCUGCGACAGAGAAGAGUGACUUCUUGUUUACUAAGCUAAAGGAAGAACCAGAGGAACUGGCUCAGCUGGCACCAACACCUGGUGAUGCCAUUAUUUCCCUGGAUUUUGGAACACAGAAAUUUGAGGAAGCGCCUGCCUUCACCAAUGCUGUUUUGACACCAAACAAAACAUGGCCAGUGGAAGUGAAAAGUCACCCUGCUCAAGGUGAAACACUGACGAUACCAUCCUUUACUAUGCCUCAGAUUGCACCUGGCAGCAGUACUCCAAGUGCAAGCAGCAACAGUAGCUGUUCCACGCCCAGCAGCCCAGGAGAUUAUUACAGUUCUGUGGAUGAAGAUCUUAAGAUUGAGGUGAUUGAAAAACUUUUUGCCAUGGACACAGAAUCAAAAAGUCAGUGCACCUCCCAGACUGACUUUAAUGAACUGGACCUCGAAACCUUGGCUCCUUACAUUCCUAUGGAUGGAGAAGAUUUCCAGCUCAGCCCAAUCUGCCAAGAAGAACGUCCUCUCUCUGAAAGUGCACAAAAUACCCAGCAGAGUCUAAGUAGCAUGAGUACCAUCUUCCAACCCCUCGCUCCUACUUCACAGAAUCAGUUCCUCCCAGAGAAAUACUGCCCCCAGCUAUCAAAUGAGAAAAUUAACUCUGGUCAUGGGUCCCUGUCAUCGGUGUUCUUCAACAAUAUGAGCAGGUCAUCACUGCCACCAUACCAUGACCAAGCCAGCACUCCCCUGUCUUCGAUGGGAGGAAGACCAAACACCCAGUGGCCACCUGAUCCCCCAUUAGAAUAUGUUCCUGCAAAAUGGAGACUCAUGGAUAAAUACUCAGGACCCCUAUCAAGUUCCCCCUCGGGGCCACCAAUAACCUCUCAGAGGGUGCCCAUAUAUAAAAAAAGGCCCCUGGAUUCUUUUGGACAACGAGGCAUAGAUGUAAACCCAGCAAGACUUGCUCUGUCUAACAGUUUGAAACUGAAGCGACAACUGGAUUAUGAAGAGCAAGCCUUGCAACAGCUGAGUGGGGGAGAUCCAUCUGUCAUUAACCCAUCUCACUUAAUGUGGAAAAGAAUGAAAUUUCUCAAGGGGGAAAACUGUUCCUUGGUUACAGAAAAGAAGUCUCUCAGCGCAAGUGUUCUUACUGAUGAAUUUUUCUGUAACUCGAGAGGCCUGAGCCAACCAAUGAAUCAACUGCAGCAACAGCAGCAGCAUCAACCCACCUGUGACAGUCCGGGUGAGAAUCUGAAAGCAGGAGCGUUUCCCCCUCUGUUUUACAGUUCCCAUUGUCAGGACUACAGUGUCCAGCAAGCUCAUAAAGCAUCAGGUAUGACCAGUCGCCUGCUGGGGCCCUCCUUUGAGCCCUACUUGCUGCCCGAGCUGACAAGAUAUGACUGUGAGGUGAACGUGCCCGUGCUGGGCAGCUCAACGCUGCUGCAGGGCAGCGAACUGCUCCGAGCGCUGGACCAGGCGACCUGAGCGCUCCCGCAAUACUCUGUGGCCUAUACUGUUCAAAACAGCUUCAGUUUUAAAUAUAUUUUUGCAAGUAGACAAUUUCUAAUACCAGUACACUUUUACAGGAUUUUACUUAGAUAUUGAACCUGUCYACAUUACCAAAUAGUGGCCUUUUGAAGUUACUCACUUUAUUAUUCAUAUUAAAGAAAUACAUCUACUGUAUUUUCUCUAUUGCAAUUAAAGUGGUGUUUAGAGAGAUUGAUUACCCUCCCCUUAUCUCAUUACCUGUAAUUUAUAUUCUGAAUUUUUUUUCCAAUUUCUUGCUGAUAAAAAGCUGUGGUAUAAAUGCCUCAUCAUGUGAUACUUUGGCUGCAGUACUGCAAAGAUAUAUUUUUAUUGCCAAAGAUGAAUGGAACAAAUUUGAUCUCCAACCACAGUUUUUUGUWGAUCUGCCAAAUUAAAAUCCUUUGAGUCUU